CGGCGAGGAAGCCGGAAGCCGCAGCCGCCGCCGUCCCUUCCCCGUCCCCGCCCGCCGGGUGCCGUCGGAGGUUGACAGGUCGUGGCGGGGAGGCGGCGGCGGCGGCAGAGCCGGGCGCCCGAGACGGAGACCUCAUGGGGAACGCUCCGAGUCACAGCAGUGAAGACGAGGCGGCAGCCGCCGGGGGCGAGGGCUGGGGUCCGCACCAGGACUGGGCCAAGGACUCGGGCACGACCCCGGGCCCGGGCCCCGCGGCCCCGGCGCUACCUCCCGCCGCAGCGCUACUGGAGCCGGCCCGACUGCGAGAGGCGGCGGCUGCGCUGCGGCCCGCGCCGCCCUGCGAGUCUCUGGUGUCCAGGCACCACGGCGCGCUGUUGCGCUGGCUGGAAGAGCGGCUGGGCCGCGGCGAAGAGUCCGUCACCCUGGAGCAGUUCGGGGAGCUGCUGGAGGCUCGUGGCGCCGGCUUCUCGGGCGAGCGGUUCGAGGAGGCCUUUGCACAGUUUGAUGCCGAGGGUGAUGGUACCGUUGAUGCUGAGAACAUGUUGGAGGCUCUCAAGAAUUCCAGUGGAGCUAAUCUUCAAGGGGAGCUGAGCCAUAUCAUCAGACAGCUGCAAGCCUGUUCUCUUGUUCCAGGUUUCAUAGACAUAUUUUCAGAGUCCAAGGAGGGCCUGGAUGUUCACUCGUCAAUGAUUCUGCGCUUCCUGCAUCGCAACCGGCUCUCUAGCACCGUCAUCCCCUACCCUAUGUUGGACCACUGCAAUAACAUGAGCACCAUGAGGGCUUCUGUUCUGAAGGACUCUCUGGAUCAACUGGUACAAAAAGAAAAGGAGAGCCCUGGAGAUCUAACUAGAAGUCCAGAGACGGACAAACUCAAGUCAGUAGCAAAGUGCUAUGCGUAUAUAGAAACAUCCUCCAACGCUGCAGACAUUGACAAGAUGACAAAUGGAGAAACGUCAUCAUACUGGCAGUCAGAUGGCAGUGCCCGCUCACACUGGAUUCGUUUAAAACUGAAGCCAGAUGUUGUGCUUAGGCACCUGUCCAUCGCAGUGGCUGCCACUGACCAGAGCUACAUGCCACAGCAGGUGACUGUAGCUGUGGGGAGGAGUGCCAGCGAUCUUCAGGAAGUCCGCGACGUGCACAUUCCCAGCAAUGUCACCGGCUAUGUGACACUGCUGGAAAAUGCCAACAUCAGUCAGCUCUAUGUCCAGAUUAACAUAAAGCGUUGUCUUAGUGAUGGAUGUGACACUAGAAUUCAUGGUCUGAGGGCUGUUGGCUUUCAGAGAGUCAAGAAGUCUGGGGUCUCAGUCUCAGAUGCUUCUGCAAUAUGGUAUUGGUCUCUGCUGACAUCUCUGGUGACGGCUUCCAUGGAGACAAAUCCCGCCUUUGUCCAAACAGUGCUACGCAACACUCAGAAGGCACUGCAGCACAUGCCUCCGCUUUCCCUCUCACCAGGAUCUACAGAUUUCUCAACUUUCCUGUCUCCCAAUGUUCUGGAAGAAGUGGACAGCUUCCUCAUAAGGAUAACUAGCUGCUGUUCUACUCCAGAGGUGGAGCUGACUCUUCUGGCUUUUGCACUAGCAAGAGGGAGUGUUGCCAAAGUGCUGAACUCUCUGUGUACUGUCACUGACCACCUGGACACACACUAUGAAGCCUCAUCCCUCAUCUCAUCCAUGGCAUCAGUCAGGCAGAACCUGCUCCUUAAAUAUGGUAAACCUCUGCAGUUGACUCUUCAGGCCUGUGAUGUCAAGGGAAAAGAAGAGAAGUCAGGACCUGAAAACCUCCUUGUUGAACCGUGGACGAGGGACGGUUUUCUUACAGAGACUGGAAAAACCAGAGCAAGUACUAUUUUUUCUACAGGAACUGAAUCUGCCUUCCAAGUUACUCAGAUCAGAAUUAUGGUUCGGCGUGGUGGCAUUGGUGCCCAGUGUGGGUUGGUGUUUGCCUAUAAUUCAUCUUCUGAUAAAUUUCAUGCAGAAGAACACUUCAAAAGGUUUGAAAAAUAUGACAAAUGGAAGCUUCAGGAAUUCAGGCAGUUUGUAAAAAGCAGGAUUGGUUGCCCGUCUGAUAACCUUGGCGAGGAUGAUCCUAUUGGCUGGUUUGAGCUGGAGGAAGAGUGGGAUGAAGCAGAUGUCAAGUUGCAGCAGUGCAGGGUUGCCAAGUAUUUGAUGGUGAAGUUCCUCUGCACCCGCCAGGAGUCGGCAGAGCGCCUGGGAGUACAAGGCUUGAGCGUCAGCGGGUACCUCCGGCCUGCGAGGGCGGAAGCAGAGCAGAGCAUCGUCCGUGCUCACUGCAGAAAGGGCGUGGAGGAGAGCGUCUGUGGGGCCACACUGCUCCUCAGGACCCUUCAGUUCAUCCAGCAGCUCGCCCAUGACCUGGUACAGCAGAAGGAAAGUGGCUUAAAAUACAGAUCUUUUCUGGACUUCGCGGGUCUUGAUUUGCAGAUCUUCUGGGAUUUUUACAGUAAAUUAAAGCAAAACCCGAGGGAAGAAUGCAUCUGUGCCCAAACCCUGCUUCUGCAGCUCCUCCAGAGCUGUUUCUCCGUGCUGCAAGGAGACGCGUCGGCCACCUCUGAGGACGCCAAGGCUCCAAGCAUGAGCCGUAGGCGGGUAGAGGCCGCCAAGGAGCUCUACACACACCUAUGUGAUGUGGUGGAUAGGGUGGAUGGAGACUCUGCACCCAUGGAAAUAUUGAAACAAGAAGUCAGGAAUACUCUUCUUAAUGGGGCUGCCAUCUUCUUUCCUGAUCGACAGACCCGGCGGGACCAUCUCUUCACCAUGAUGAAGAAUGUCACCGAGCAGGAACACAAGCAGUCCCUGCAGCUCACUUUCCGCUCACUCUGCGCGUAUUUUAGUGAUAAGGAUCCAGGCGGCCUUCUGCUGUUGCCUGAGAAGGGCGACCUGGCCGACACGGACGUCGGCGAGGUGCUGGCGGUCACGAGCACUCUGCUCUCGGUUGCCGCUCGAGAGUGUGAGCUGUUGAUGGUCGAUGGGGCCCAAGGGGAGGUGGGCUCUGUGCUCUUCUCCCUGUUCUGGUCUGUCCAAGGCAGCCUGCUGUCCUGGUGCUACCUGCAGCUGAAGAGCACGGACUCUGGAGCCAAAGACCUUGCCGCUGACCUUAUUGAAAAAUCUUCUGUGACCCUCUCCAGCUUUGUCCUGGAUGAUGACCAAUAUAGCGGGAAAACUGUAGUAGAAAAAUUAUGUAAUUCGGUGUUUUCAAUGGCAGCUCGUCAACUGGUGAUCUUUCUGCUGGACUUUUGCACAUUAGAUAUUUCACACUGCACGCUCUUGAGAGAGUUCAGUGCUCUGACAGAGCUGUUGAAGGAGCUCUGCAGUGACCCUGAUGGAGGACUGAACAAGCUGGAUGUCGAGACUUGGCAGCAGGAACGUCCUGUGGUGUUACAUACGUGGACCAAGGAGUCUGCUCACAACUAUGAAAAUAACUGCCAUGAGGUGUCUGUCUUUGUUAGCCCAGGGGCAACCUAUUUUGAGGUGGAAUUUGAUGAGAGAUGUGAAACUGAAAAAAGGUAUGAUUAUCUGGAAUUUACCGACGCUAGAGGUGGGAAAACACGCUAUGACACAAAAGUCGGCACUGAUAAAUGGCCCAAGAAAGUGACCUUUAAGGCUGGUCCCCGGCUGCAGUUUCUCUUUCACUCUGACAGCAGCAACAAUGAGUGGGGCUACAAAUUCACCGUCACUGCCUAUGGCCUGCCUGAUGUUGCCGUGUCUUGGGGCUUGGAUUUACAGCUCCUUGUUUCCCGGCUGAUGGGACGCCUCGCUUCCCAGUGCAUGUCACUCAAAUCCCUGCAUCAGUUAGGAAGUAACAUGGCAAUACCUCAGGCAAAAAUGGCAUUAGUCCUAAACUCCCCCUUGUGGAAACCUGUCUUCAGGCACCAAAUAUGUCCAGAGUUGGGAUUAGAAGCAAGCUGGCCCACUCACCCACCCCAGGAUAAUAAGGAGGUUAAGAACAUCCCUGAUGAUCCCUGCCACCAAUUUCUUCUUGACUUUGCACAGUCAGAUCCUGCCCAGAACUUCUGUGGGCCAUAUUCAGAACUGUUCAAAGGAUUCAUACAGGCAUGUAGAAAACAGGCCCCAAAGACAGAUAUAGUUGCUGGUUCCACUAUUGAUCAAGCUGUGAACGCCACCUUUGCUGCUCUGGUGUAUCGCACUCCAGACUUAUAUGAGAAGCUGCAAAAAUAUGUAAACAGUGGGGGCAAGACAGCCCUGAGUGAGGAGUUCGCACAGGUGUAUUCCUUGGCAGAUGGGAUUCGAAUAUGGAUGUUAGAGAUGAAGCAGAAGUCCCUGAUGAGCCUGGGGAAUGAGGCAGAAGAACGGCGCGGGUCAGAAGCUGCUGAGGUGAACCCCGAGAGCCUGGGUGAGUGCCAGCUCUGGCUGUCCUCCCUGGGCCUUCUGUUUCCAUUUUGUAGGAAACCAGUGACCCACCUUCUAGCGAAAGAGUGUAUUCAGAAGAGUCUUCUAUUACUGAAAUUUUUGCCCAUGGGUGUAAGUUCAAAAGAAGGCUGUGACAAGUUGGUGGCUGUAGAUGACACAGAUCAUCUGCGGCCACUGGACAAGCGCCAGAGGGCAAGCUCUGUGGUGGAAGAGCAUUUCCAAGCCUCCGCAUCUCCCACCAAAGCAGCGCCGCCUGCUGUGGAAGACAGGAGUCCUGGCUUGGAUGGCCAGCCCACGCCACCGCCCAGCGGUGGUGCUUCUGCCGCGGAAGUGACCUCUGCCACAGCCGAAGAACCGUCGUCGCCUUCCACUCCCACCCGGCGGCCUCCCUUCACCCGGGGGCGGCUCCGGCUGCUCUCCUUCCGCUCAGUGGAGGAGGCCAGACCGUUGCCCACAGUGAAAGAGAAGUACCCUGUGCUGAAGGAGGCCAUGGACUUCAUUAAAGAUCAGUCACUCUCCCACGAGAGUGUUGUAAAGGUUCUUUCCUUGAGGAAGGCCCAAGCCCGGAGCAUCCUCGAGGUCCUGAGGAUCAUUCAGUGUUGUACAGAGUCCCUUGGGCAGCCUCACUGCUUCCACCCGCCUUUCAUACUUUUCCUGUUGGAACUUCUGACCUGCCAGAAAGAGUUUACCAAUUAUUUUGGACACCUGGAGGGCUGUGGUGCAGAUCUACACAAAGAAAUUCGAGACACUUACUAUCAGUUUGUUCUGUUUUUGGUCAAAGCAGUUAAAGGAUUUAGUAACAUAAACGACAGGUCCUUGCUGCCUGCCUUGUCCUGUGUCCAGACGGCCCUGCUUCAUCUUUUGGAUAUGGGCUGGGAACCCAGUGAUCUCACCUUCUUUGUUGACAUUCAGUUACCAGAUCUCCUCAUGAAAAUGUCACAAGAAAAUAUAAGUGUCCAUGACAGUGUGAUCAGCCAAUGGAGUGAAGAAGAUGAGCUUGCUGAUGCCAAGCAGAAUUCAGAAUGGAUGGAUGAGUGUCAGGAUGGCAUGUUUGAGGCCUGGUAUGAAAAAAUAGCCCAGGAAGAUCCAGAGAAGCAGAGGAAAGUGGAGAAACACUCCUUUGAACAUGAGGAAGAACGAUACCUUUUCCUCCCAAACAGCAACAGCGUGAAGGCGCCCUCCUUGCCCAGAGACGGGCAGGCGUGGCUCCAGGUCACCCAGGAAGGAAAGGCCUCCCCAGGCAACUCCCUGGGUGAGGCCUUGAACCCGCCACCCCCAAGGAGCCACAUCCGCCUGGGGUUGCAGAAAGAGGAAGACCUGGGGGGUGGGGUCACCAAGCCUGCCAGCUGA